CUCCGCUGAGAUGCAGCAGGGCGGGGCCCACCGUAAGCUCCCACUAUGUUGCGCUCCUUCCCAGCACGGGGCUUAUUGAUCAAAUGAACAAAUGGACAGAGAUACACGGUGGGUCUCAGAAGAGGAAUCGGCCUGCCCCUCCUGCUUGGGGUGGGGGCAUCAUGGGAUUGGGGCACUGAGUCAGGGAGGAACUGGUGGGGACCCCAGGUCACCAGGUCUCAUCUAGGGCACCCCCUGCGCCAGCGGAGCCCCGCUGCUCUCUGACCCGAGUGUGGGGGAUGGCACCCAGCCCUGCCCAGGCAGCCGCGUCAGUCAGCCACCUGGGCACCUGGCCGGCCCUGCCUGGUCUUCCCCGCAGUGCAGGUGAGGGGUGAGUCGUUCGCCACCAAGUGGCAGGACCCACAUGACAAGCAGUCACUGGGGGCCUGAUUCACAGCUUUCCAGGAAGUGGUUAACGGGAUCCCAGAGCCCAGGGCUUGAUGAGGUCUCCUGGCUGAGUCACGGUGGCCCCUGGAGGAAGGAGCCGUUACUGAGCCUCUCUGGGCAGCCCCCUUCUCCCCAAGGCCCUAGGACCUCACCAAGACCCCUUAUCCUAGCCUUCAGCUGCUGCAGGCUCAGGCCCCAGGCCUUCCCUUCAGCACCCAAACUGGGGGACUUGCGCAAUGUCAGCGCCACUGGCCUAGACCUCUGGGUCCAGGUUCUGCUCCUCCAGAGGGUAGAUCCGGGGCCCACAGCUGGAGCCAGGGUCCUGAGCUCCCAAACCAGAUCCCUGAGUCCACUGUUCCAGGGCAGAGGGAGGGGUCUCAGCUAGAGCCCCCAGUCCCCUUAGCGGCUCAUUUCCUCCCAGCAGUCCCACCCCUCCUGUGACCUAUAGCCUGGGGUGGCAGGGACUGAGCCACUCACUCAGUUGGGGGACUGGUCCAACGGCAUUCCACCUCCCAGGAUAAAACCUCGGGUGACCUGUAGGGAACUCCACACACCCCGUCACAGGCAGGACUGCUCUCCCAGCCGUGCCUGUGCCCCUGCUGGCCAUGGUAGUUUCCAGAGCUCCCCCAGCCCUGGGUGGGGGCGGUCUCAGGAUCUUAACCCCACUGCUGCUUCUGGCUUCUGCAGCUUCCCUCCGUGCUGCCAGGAUACCUGCUCCCCCGACCUGUGGGAAGCCCCAGCGGCUGAACCGGAUUGUGGGUGGCGAGGACAGCACUGAUGCCGAGUGGCCCUGGGUUGUGAGCAUCCAGAAGAACGGGACCCACCACUGUGCGGGCUCGCUGCUCACCAGCCGCUGGGUGGUCACCGCCGCCCACUGCUUCAAGGGCAAUCUGAACAACCCAUCCCAGUUCUCUGUGCUGCUGGGGGCCUGGCGGCUGGGGAACCCUGGCCCGAGGUCCCAGGAGGUGGGUAUCGCCUGGGUUCGGUCCCACCCCGUGUACUCCUGGAGAGAGGGCUCCCGUGCGGACAUCGCCCUGGUGCGCCUGGAGCACUCCAUCCGCUUCUCUGAGCGAGUCCUGCCCAUCUGCCUGCCUGAUUCCUCUGUCCGCCUCUCUCCGAACACGCGCUGCUGGAUCGCAGGCUGGGGGAGCAUCCAUGACGGAGUGCCCCUACCCCAUCCCCAGACCCUGCAGAAACUGGAGGUUCCCAUCAUCGACUCAGAAAUCUGCGGCCGCUUGUACUGGAGUGGGGCAGGGCAGGGGGCCAUCACCGAGGACAUGCUGUGUGCGGGCUACCUGGAGGGGCAGCGAGAUGCCUGUCUGGGUGACUCCGGAGGCCCCCUCAUGUGCCAGGUGGAGGGCACGUGGCUGCUGGCAGGCAUCAUCAGCUGGGGUGAGGGCUGCGCAGAGCGCGAUCGGCCCGGCGUCUACAUCAGCCUGGCCGCCCACCGCUCCUGGGUGAUGCGGAUCGUGCAGGGGGUGCAGCUCCGCGGGCAUUCGCAGGGGAGCGGGCCCUCCCCGGGCCGCGGGCCCUCUGCGGGCCGGGCGCCUUAGGAUCCAGAGAGAUGGGCGGCCACCAUUGUAAGUGAGCCACCUGCCUCCGGGGGGCGCCCGCGUGCCGGCACCGCCGCCUCUGCAGCGAGGCCCCGCCCCGCCCCGCCCGCGGGAGCACCUUUUUAUGUGUAUAUAUGUUAACGAUUUUUACAGUUGUUUGUAGCCCUGCCCGCAUAUCUUAUUUAUUCUAAUUUCAAUAAAUUAUUUAUUCCCCUGUUCCUGUUUUUCCAGGUGUGGGGACAUUGGGAAGCAGGACAUUGGGAUUAAAAUGGGGCAGAUGGGUGUGACUCUGUGGUGGCCCCACCAGGGACCAGGUGUCCUGUGCACCUGUGUUUCACUAUUCCGACCCCCGGCCUUUGCACUUCUUUCCUAUGCCCCCCUCCCACCGGAAGGCCACAAAGAGAGGAGGCGGGAGGCCCAGCGGGCUGCAGGGCCAGUCCAGGCCCCCAGCCUGCCUGUUGGGUUUCCAAAACUGGGCUAGCGAGGAAAAACCCGCCCAUAUGAGAGUGGGGUGUCCCCUCCCUCCCCUGAGAACCAGGUCUCCCGGAUUUGGGCUGAGGCAACCAGGGCCUCUGCACCCCCAGGAGCUGACUCAGGAGUGACUCACUGCUGAUUCUGUGAGUAGUCCUACAAGGACGGAGCAAAACAAUGAGAUGGGAGGUCGCUAAGCCUGGUGACACGGUGGGCUAGAGUCACCUGGCCUGAGCCCAUGGCGGGUUGGGGAGCAAGUCCUGGGCCACAGAGGGUCUGUCAGCUAACCCCCUUCCCCGGGGAGUGCCCCUCUCCCGCCCUCUCCUCUGCAGCGGGGGCCCUGGCCUCCUGGGCCUGCCCUCCAGAGCACCCCCCCCCCCAGAACCUCAUCCUCACCCACCUGGGGUUCCCUGCAGCCCAUGGAUGUGCCAACUGAGGGUUCUAUGGUUGUGUGAACCCGAUGGUGGUUCACACAAAGAGAUUCAUUCUAAAAGUCAAGGAAGCAGCUAGGUGCGGUCAUGCCGGCGGACUGCUUACAAAGUGUCUCCAGCUAGAAAUUGCCCAUGAAGUGAGUUUUUGAGAAGGCAGCAUGGGGUUCUGGCUGGCUUGCUUUUUGGCCCCCUUCCUAAGGAGCAACUUCUCAAGCAUUGGUUCGUGUUGUUUUGAUGACCUUUGUGUUGUUACCAGAUCACAGUAGAUGCCUUGGGGUUGGUUUUAUCAAAAAACAAACAGGGCCCUGGCUUCCUGCUCACCUGGGAACCAGCCUGGGGAGGGAGUGGUGACUCAGGUCAGUGCCACAUCCAAAUCCCAGCCCUCCCUUUGUGACCCAGUCCCCUCCUUACCUGCCACUCGCCCUGCCCCCUCUCCCCGCCUUCAGCCCGCGCUCCCCCUCUUGCUGUGCCUCCUCCUCCCUCUGUCCUCCGAGCUCUCCCAGCACCCCUCGCCCCUUCUUCUGCCCCUGCUGCUUCUCCUCAUUCUUCCCUUCUCCGUCUUCUGUUCCUCAUGUUCUCCCUGGUCCCCGGUAACAGAGGAUCCCCCACAGAAGCCCCUGAGGGAGGGAACGGGUAGGGGUAUUGCCAGGACACUCCAGUGGGGGUGGGUUCUCUCUGAGUUGGGCUCUCAGCCUCCAGGGAGCCCCCAGCGCACCCUCCUGGAGGAGCUGGAUGGCGGGCUGGGAGCGCAGGCUGGGCGCCAAGUGGGGAACCAGCACCUGGGUCCCCACCGCAGCACCGUAUGCAUUGACCCCUCUUUGCUCAGGGCUGGGGCGUCCAGGAGGUGGAAGCCGAGUCUGCCCAGUGCCAGCAGAGAAGCCCUUUUGCUCCUAAAUUGGAGCUGGGCUAGGAACACCCCCCUAAUCUGGACCAUUCUGGGUGGGGAGGACUGGCUGUUUUGGCUCCAUGGACCCCACCUGCCUCUGGGGACCACAGAGUCCCUGGGCCAGCCUGCAGUCUCCUCAGGAGAAGUCCCUGGGGCCCAGAGGGCAGCUGUCUCCACCUGCCACAGCCUCCCACAUAGAACAGCCCUUCCCAGAGCUCCCCUGACCUCCCCAAGGUGACAAAUGUCAUUCCAGCAGGAUCUGCCUUAGCUGCGGGCUACUCAGUCUGUCCCUCCACAUGCUCUCACCUCAGGUCUUUAACCCUUGAUGAGACGUCCACCCCCGCGCCCGGGACUCCAUGGUUCUGCCCGCACGUCCAGAGCAAGUGAGCACACAGGCACUGAGUCCAGCUCUUGUGUGGUGGCAGCCUCCGUGCCAGUCUCUGUCAGUGCUGCCGGCCCCCAAGGCACCUGAAGGAGUCUCACCACUGCCCCAGCUGAUGGGGUCCUGGCGAACUCACCAGUGUCCAUGUCGAGUGCAGCCCCCCGAAAUGCCCUCCAGCUGGCAGUCAGGGAAAACACACUGUACGGCGCCCGAUCAAUCGGGAGAAUUUGCUCAGUGACUGAGAGGAGCAGAUGCCCCGCGAGGCCUGCAGACGCCCUGUGAGCAAGCUGAGGGGACCGGCCAGGCCCCAGGGCCACAGGGGCGGAGAGCAGCUCUUUGCUCUGCACGAGGCCCUUCCAGAAAGCAGUGAGGAGAGGACAGGGAGGAUCACAGGUAACGUCCCUCACUUCCUCGGCCUCUUUGCUGCAUUUGAUAAUGGCCGCGUCCCAGCGUCAUCCCCACCACCCAGGAGCUGCAGUUCACUGUCCAGGGCCGAGGCCCCAUCUCCCAGAUGACCGCUGACUGCCCAGGGCCGUGGUGCCACGCAGCCCUAUCCCCGGGGCCUCGUGCCGUGUCCUGUGCGUGUCCAUCAUGGGCAUGCAUGUGUGUGCACGUGUGCGCAGGUCUGUGCAUGCUCCUGGGAGCCCAAACGUUCAGUAGGGCGGUAGGCAGUGAGACUACUCAGCUCCUGCCCCCGACAGGUGACUCCUGCCAACGCCUCCCACCCCCCAGCCUCCCACCUCUCCCAAGACCAGUGAGGGAAGGAGCCCAAACCAGCCGCCAAACCCACGGGAAGAUUUUCCCAGCUGUUUACCACUGCAGCCCAGACACAAGCCCCUUUGUCUCUGUCCCUCGGGCCCCCCCAGAGGUGGUGUGUGGGGAGGAUUUAGAAGACUGACCUUUCUGAUUGUAACACCCCACCCGUGACCCCCACCGACUGCAGCAGACAAAGGAGGUUCUCUUGUGCCUGGUGGGGGUAGGGGG